CUCGCUACCUGAUUUGGCGAUGUUUGAUGUGCUCAAACCCUGCCCAUAAUACCCACUUUGAAAGGUCUCUUUUUCUUUCCUCUCUUUCGCAUUCUGCAACCUCACGACCCGAGAAGCUAAAGAGAGAGACCAGAAAUCGUCAUAUCUGAUCUUAAUCUUUUACUGGGUCAUCCUUCCUGUUUCUGGGAAAUCGUAAUUUCUUUCUCUGUGAGAAGUUCGCAUUUUUAUCGUCACCGAUACAUAGAAUGUAUGUGAAAGCGGUGCCACCGACGGAUUUGAAUAGGAACACCGAGUGGUUCACGUACCCUGGGGUGUGGACUACCUAUAUGCUCAUGGUUUUCAUGUCUUGGCUUAUUGUUCUUUCCCUCUUCGGUUGCUCUCCUGGCAUGGCCUGGACCAUUGUCCACCUCUCUCAUUUCCUUAUUACCUAUCAUUUCUUUCACUGGAAGAAAGGAACUCCAUUUGCUGAUGACCAGGGCAUUUACAAUGGGUUGACUUGGUGGGAGCAAAUAGAAAAUGGCAAGCAACUGACUCGCAAUAGGAAGUUUUUGACUGUUGUACCUGUAGUGCUGUAUUUAAUAGCCUCGCACACAACAGACUAUCAAAAUCCAAUGCUGUUCUUCAACACAUUGGCUGUAUUCGUUUUGGUGGUAGCUAAGUUCCCUCACAUGCACAAGGUUCGCAUAUUCGGAAUCAAUGCUGAUCACUGAACUGCAAAAAUUUUCAUGUCUGAUUCACACGCAGCUAGAUACAACUUGUUUUUGGCACAUGGAGAUGAUGACAUUAUCCCUGUACAGAUACUGAACUGUGAAGGGUAAUCAUCAUAUGUUUAUUAUCAAGCAAAGAUGUAUACGUCCCUUGAUCACAUGCAGGGAAAAAAAUUGUACCUAUAAUUUCUCUUUUACAUUUCUUUUACUCAAUUUCUUGUUCUGAGAUAUAGUGUUCUGAUCUCCUUUCCAAAUUAUAUCUCAUUAUGGUGUGGAGAAAUCAGAGAAGCUAUCAGUUAAAAUAAAGGGGAUUUCUACUAAA